AUGGAUGGCAAGAAGUGGCGAUCACGAAUCUUCCUGAGAAGUGUUGAACUGCCAAAAGAUGCAGCGCGCAUGCAAUAUGGCGUGGACACAAGCUUUAAGUCUAGACUGCAGCAGUACUUCAUUGAAAAUCAGACAUCAAGCUUUCGAAUUCGACUUUUUAACGUAUUUAUCAAAAUCCUCUCCUGCGUGCUCUAUUGCGUACGGGUAGCCAACGAUAGUAGGACCUUGCCUCAUUUCGUAAAGGAAGCGAAGCGAGACGAAGGAGCAAUCAAAUAUGAAUACCUUAUGUGGGUCGAUAGGAACGAUUAUCUAUGGCUGGCGCAGACCAUUGUUGCGUUCAUUAGUAUCUUUGAAACUAUUAUCAUUUUCUAUAUUAGUUAUCAAGGCAAUAUUUUUCGUCUUCUGAUCAAUGUACAUUUCUUAUUGGAACUUAUUACGAGUUUUCCUUUUGCCAUCACUAUCUUUCAACCAAAACUACGUCGCUUGUUUGUGCCAGUCUUCCUUAAUUGUUGGCUUGCAAAGGGUUCACUAAAGGCAAUGAUGAAUGAUCUUAACCGCAGCUCAAUAAUGAAUCAAUCAGCACUCUUUAGACAGCUGCUUUUGUUAUUUUCUGUAAUACUUUGUUUGAUAUUUACUGGUACAUGUAGCAUAGAGCAUUUACAACGAGCUGGAGAAAAGCAGUUUGACCUCUUCACCAGUUUUUACUUCGUUAUGGUUACUUUCUCAACUGUUGGGUAUGGAGACUGGUAUCCGGAUACGUGGAUGUCGCGGCUUUGUGUAGUAUCAUUCAUUUGUAUAGCUUUAGUUCUACUUCCAUCUCAGAUCGAAGCUUUGGGCCAAACAUGGUUGGAAAGACAAAAGUCCGGUGGAGACUAUAGCGGCGGUUGGUCCUUGAGGAACGAGAAACACGUUGUGGUGACCAUCACGCAUUUGGAAGUGGAGUUUAUAAGAGACUUUCUGGACGAGUUUUACGCACAUCCAGAAAACCAGCUGAUUCAAGUGAUUUUGCUUUCACCUGCGGAGCUUGAUAAUCAGACUCGUCUUCUGCUGAAAAUUCCUUUAUAUAACGAGCGAGUGCACUACAUAAGAGGCAGCGCACUUCGUGAUGAGGAUUUGGAGAGGGCUCGUCUAGGUGCAGCGCAAGCUUGUUUCAUUCUCUCCGCUAGGCAUCAAAACAAGAAAAUCAUUACGGAUGAACAUACUAUUCUACGGUCAUGGGCCGUCAAGGAUUAUGCGCCGCAUGUAAAACAGUAUGUGCAGAUCUUCAGAGCCGAAACCAAGAUGCAUAUAGAACAUGCAGAGGUACUAAUAUGCGAAGAUGAGUUCAAGUAUUCAUUGUUAGCGAACAACUGCAUAUGUCCAGGAAUUUCCACUUUCAUCACCCUUUUGAUGCAUACUUCAAGAGGAGAAGAAGGCAAGAAGUCCACAGAACCAUGGCACAAAGUAUAUGGAUUUCACUCCGGAAAUGAGAUUUAUAUGAUACGAGCAGGAGAUUCGAAAUUCUUUGGCGAUUUUAUAGGAAAAACUUUUACAUAUGCGUCUUUUUAUGCUCAUCGAACAUACGGUAUUGGUCUGAUUGGUGUAAAAUCGAACGAAGUCAACGCCAAGAUACGCUUGAAUCCUGGAGUCACGCAUAUCGUGCAAGGCACAGACAUUCUAUACUAUAUGGGGCUGACUAAUGAAGAAUCGCUAUACGAUUUUCGUAAAGAUCUCAAGGAUCAGAGAAGAAAAGCGAAUUUGGCAUCGACGAUAGCCAACAUUGGUACGGUUGCUAUAGAUGUGCCGAAUAUAGAUGAUGGGUUGAAGAUACCUAAAAUCAAGCGGAAGAGGCGAAGACUGUUGCAAAAGAUGAAGGCAACCGACGAGGCCCGCUUUAUCGACCUACCAGCCGAUCGUUCUAGAAGACCUUCAAUAGCGAUGGUGGUAGAGGGCCAAGAAGACACCUCCUCUGAUUCAGACCUUGAUGAGGCAUGCACUAGAUGCAACGGACCUUGCAUUCAGCAAAAAAUACAGCGAACGUACCCACAAGUGCGCACCUACAUAGGUACAUCGAACACAGUUUGUCAUAUGCUAAAAGAGAAGCGACCGCUAUGUUGUUUACAACUAGAUAAGCCUUGCGAACACUGCCCCUACACUUCAGCCUACGAAUAUCAGUGGACGAACAAACCGAUUAUCUUGGCAGCUGAUAGGACUAGCAAUGGAAUGUAUAAUCUUAUAAUUCCCCUAAGAGCAUACUACCGCCCUGUUCAUGAGUUACACCCCAUCGUACUGCUGCUAGAAUUAGAAGAAACAUCAAGUCCAAAUCCCGCUUUCCUAGAUGCCAUCUCAUACUUCCCUGGAAUAUACUGGAUGCAGGGUAGGAUUUCGGUGUUGGACAAUCUACUUCGGGCCGGUGUCACCCGUGCCGAGCAUGUCGUAGUCGUCAAGGAGACUGCGUCGCUAGCAGAAGAGCACUUUGCCGAUUGCAAUACGAUAAUCACUGUACAAAAAAUACACAGGAUGUUUCCUCGUCUUCGUAUGAUUACGGAGCUAACUCACGCUAGCAACAUGCGCUUCGUGCAGUUCGACGCUAAUAGUCCAUACUCUUUAGCACAAUCUAGAUUCGAAAAGAAAGAACGAAAACGAGGGUCUCACAUGCCAUUCAUGUUCCGACUGCCGUUCGCUCAAGGUGGUGUAUUCAGUGCAAAUAUGCUGGAUAGAUUACUUUACCAGGCAAUAAUCAAACCUUAUGUCGUUGAUCUGACGCGAUUACUGUUAGGCAUCGACCAGACCGCUGGCAGUGGAUAUCUAACAUCGUUUACCGUGACCGCGGAUGACCUUUGGAUUCAAACCUAUGGAAGAUUAUACCAAAAGCUCUGCUCUUCAGUUGCCGACAUACCCAUAGGGAUAUUCAGAACAAAGAACAUGGACUCGAAAACGGUAUCCAGUGAUAUGGAAGAAAAGUGCAAAACUAUAGACAUUGCCGAUACAGCAAGGGAGAGAAGAAAGGACAUGUACAACCACGUCAGGAGUCGAAUGAGGAAUAUGGGAAUGUCAAUGGAUGACGAGUUGCUAGAUGAUGGUGAUGGUGCAGACAAAACUAACACAAUCUCGUUCGUCAUCAUCAACCCAGCUUCAGAUUUGCAACUUGAAGCAGGAGAUAUUGUCUAUGUCAUACGCAGUCCUGUCAAGGAAGACGCUAAGAACCAUAGGAUAAACCCAAGACGAGGUCUCAAACGCGAACAUCAUGUCCAGGAAUCCACUAUCGACGACACCACGAGAGGGAGUCAAGUCGCUGUCAAUAUUGAGUCAUAAUAGGAACAAUCGCUUUGCUAUGUGAUCAUUCGCUUUUGUCAUGUUUGCUGCCAUUUUUCAAGACCGUUGUUAUUUCGAUGAAUCUUGAAUUUAAAUACAAAUAACUUCGAUUUUUGGUCUGUGUCAAUCGUGUACACCCUUCCC